GCCAAACGCCUGUUCUUCAAUACUCUCUCUCUCUCUCUCUCUCUCUCUCUAGCUGCGAGACCAUCGCCAUUAUCUCUACUCUCUCAUCUGCGUCUCCGUUCUUCACUGCAUUUUCAUUUUUGUUUUUCCUUUUUUUAUCAACUUCUGGGUUUCCUAUGGAGGAGAACGCGUUCUUGCAAUGGAGAAAGAAGGAUACCAAUUUCCUCGUCGUAAUGGCACUACUUCUCCUUCUAACUCCCAUCGCUUCGCCUCUAAACGACGAAGGGAAAGCCUUAAUGGCGAUUAAGGCCUCCUUCAGCAACGUUGCGAACGUGCUUCUCGGCUGGAACGACGACCACGACGGCGAUUUCUGCUCAUGGCGUGGCGUCAUCUGCGACAAUGUCAGCCUCUCCGUUGUUUCUCUGAAUCUGUCGAAUCUGAACCUGGGAGGGGAGAUUUCUCCGGCCAUUGGAGAUUUGAGAAGCUUACAGUCCAUGGACUUGCAGGGGAAUGCCUUGACGGGCCAAAUCCCGGACGAGAUUGGAGACUGUGCUUCUCUGAUGCACGUGGACUUUUCUGAUAAUCUGUUGUAUGGAGACGUACCUUUUUCCGUGUCAAAGCUGAAGCAACUUGAGUUUCUGAACUUGAAAAACAAUCAGUUGACUGGUCCAAUUCCGUCAACCCUCUCCCAGAUUCCUAAUCUAAAGACUCUUGAUCUUGCUCGUAACCAGCUUACUGGUGAGAUACCAAGAUUGCUCUACUGGAAUGAAGUGCUUCAGUACUUGGGUUUACGUGGCAACUCUUUGACUGGAACACUAUCCCCCGAUAUGUGUCAGUUAACAGGCUUGUGGUAUUUUGAUGUUAGGGGUAACAAUAUAACUGGUCCAAUUCCUGAAAACAUUGGGAACUGUACAAGUUUUGAAAUACUGGAUAUUUCCUACAAUCAGAUCACUGGCGAAAUUCCAUAUAACAUUGGAUUUCUACAAGUAGCUACAUUGUCUCUUCAAGGAAAUAGGCUGACUGGAAAGAUACCUGAGGUGAUUGGUUUAAUGCAGGCCCUUGCUGUUCUGGAUUUGAGUGAGAAUGAACUAGUUGGGCCAAUCCCUGCAAUCCUCGGCAAUUUAUCCUACACUGGGAAGCUGUACCUUCAUGGCAACAAGUUGACUGGGCCAAUACCUCCUGAGCUCGGCAAUAUGUCAAAACUGAGCUACUUGCAACUAAAUGACAACCAAGUGGUUGGAAAAAUUCCUGCUAGGAAGCUCGAGCAAUUGUUUGAAUUGAAUCUUUCCAAUAAUGAUCUUGAAGGUCCAAUUCCACAUAACAUCAGUUCCUGCACAGCUCUAAAUCAAUUCAAUGUUCAUGGCAAUCGCUUGAGUGGAUCAAUUCCUUUGGGGUUCCGGGAUUUGGAGAGUUUGACUUAUUUGAAUCUUUCUGAUAACAACUUUAAGGGGCGCAUUCCUAUGGAGCUGGGGCACAUUAUUAACCUUGAUACUUUGGAUCUCUCCAGCAACAAUUUCUCAGGGCCAGUUCCGGCUUCUGUUGGUGAUUUAGAACACCUUCUCACCCUUAAUUUGAGUAGCAAUCAUCUUGAUGGUCAACUGCCAGCAGAAUUUGGGAACCUCAGAAGUAUACAGAUUAUUGAUAUAUCUUUGAACAACCUCUCUGGUGGCAUUCCCAUGGAAUUGGGCCAAUUGCAGAAUAUUGUAUCUUUGAUACUUAACAACAACAACUUGCAUGGGGAGAUACCUGGUCAACUUGCCAACUGUUUCAGUCUUGCCACUUUGAACGUAUCAUACAACAACUUAUCUGGAGUUGUACCACCUAUGAGAAACUUUUCACGAUUUUCACCAGACAGCUUCAUUGGAAAUCCAUUUUUGUGUGGCAACUGGUUAGGAUCAAUAUGCAGAUCUGAGAUGCCAAAAUCCAAAGCACUAUUCUCCCGAGCUGCAGUUGUAUGUAUGGCUUUGGGGUUCAUCACUUUGCUAUCCAUGGUAAUAGUUGCAGUAUACAAAUCUCAUAAGCCAAAUGAAAUGAUUAUGGGAUCCAGCAAGACUAGUCAAGGUUCCUCCAAACUUGUUAUUCUUCACAUGGACAUGGCUAUUCACACAUUUGAUGAUAUAAUGAGAAUCACUGAGAAUUUUAGUGAGAAGUAUAUCAUUGGUUAUGGUGCUUCCAGCACGGUGUACAAGUGUGUUUUAAAGAAUUCCCGACCAAUUGCAAUUAAGCGACUCUACAAUCAACAUCCGCAGAACUUGCGGGAGUUUGAGACGGAACUUGAAACCAUUGGCAGCAUCAGACAUCGAAAUAUUGUUAGUUUGCAUGGUUAUUCACUAUCUCUGUUUGGGAAUUUGCUUUUCUACGACUAUAUGGAGAAUGGAUCUCUUUGGGAUUUGCUUCAUGGACCAUCAAAAAAGGUUAAACUUGAUUGGGAAACACGCUUGAGGAUAGCUGUUGGUGCUGCCCAGGGACUUUCUUAUCUUCACCAUGAUUGUAACCCCCGAAUUAUUCACAGGGACGUGAAGUCCUCAAACAUCUUGCUGGAUGAGAAUUUUGAGGCUCAUCUAUCUGAUUUUGGCAUUGCCAAAUCCAUUCCAACUGCGAAAACUCAUGCCUCAACUUAUGUUCUUGGAACAAUCGGCUAUAUUGAUCCUGAAUAUGCUCGUACUUCUCGGCUCAAUGAAAAGUCUGAUGUAUACAGCUUUGGCAUUGUGCUCUUGGAGCUACUAACAGGGAAGAAAGCUGUGGACAACGAGUCCAACUUGCAUCAACUGAUACUGUCCAAGGCUGAUAACAAUACGGUAAUGGAAGCUGUUGACCCUGAGGUUUCGGUGACCUGCAUGGACUUGGCACAUGUUAGGAAGACCUUCCAACUUGCUCUGCUAUGCACGAAGAGGAAUCCAAGCGAAAGACCAACUAUGCAUGAAAUCGCAAGGGUCUUGGUCUCUCUCCUUCCUGCGCCUGCCAUAAAACCUUGUCCAAUCACUCCAAAGACAAUCGACUACGCCAAAUUUGUUGUUGACAAGGGGGGGCAGCAGCCAAAAGUUAUGCAGCCACUUGCUCGGCAGCAGGAGAACAACUCAUCUGACGCCCAGUGGUUUGUUCGAUUUGGUGAAGUUAUAUCGAAGAACACCCUCUGAUGAAGUUCAAGAACCACUAGAACCACCCGACUACAGUUUUUCGUUUUACCCUUUUGUAGUAAUUACUAACAGGAACCCGUUAGUUACAAUGAUUUGGUGCCAUGUUUGGUGCAAAGUGCUGUUAGGAUUUUGAUCUGAUGCAAUGCAAUGAUUGCUAGUUGCCUACUAUAAUCCGGUAGUUUUAGAAAAGAUUCGGAUAGAGUAAAUGUUUCAUCAGCCAAGUGACAUUAGGAAUCAAUGGCUCUGAUGACGUUACUUGGGCAUUAGGAGAAUCAAUGGUUCUGAUUACAUUUCUCUGGGACAUUAGGAGAGUCAUGUAUAAUUCUGUAUUCUAUAUCUCCUAUUUCAAUACUCAGCUUAAAGGUACUUUUAACAAGUG